AUGGCGGAUUCCGGAUAUCAGACCGAAGAAAACAGGCAAGCGAAGCGGCAGAAGACGGAGGGUGGGGCGAUGGAUCCGAAGACGAAUCCGUAUCUCGCGCACAUGUACGAGGAGCAGGGCGUGGAGGUGAAUUCCUACCGUGGAAAUGGUGGCUACGGAGGGAUGAAGCAGUCGAAUAGUGUGUUGGCGAAUUUCCAGCGUCAUAAAACGACGUCGGAGCAGGCGAAGAAGGCAGAGGAUGGGCCGCAAAAUCCGAUCACCGACCGACAGCUGUCGCAGCAGUAUUUCAACAUCUUGCAGACGAGGCGGGGCUUGCCGGUGCACGCACAGAGAGAUGAAUUCCUCGCGCUCUACCAAAAGUCGCAGAUCCUCGUCUUCGUCGGCGAGACCGGGUCCGGCAAAACGACGCAGAUCCCGCAGUUCGUCCUCUUCGACGACCUCCCUGAGUUCCAGAACAAGAUGGUCUGCUGUACGCAGCCGCGCCGAGUGGCCGCCAUGUCGGUCGCGCAGCGCGUCGCCCAGGAAAUGGACGUCACCCUCGGCGAGGAAGUCGGGUACAGCAUCCGCUUCGAAGACAAGACGUCCCCGAAAACCAUCCUGAAGUACAUGACGGACGGGAUGCUGCUGCGCGAGGCGAUGCACGACAACGACCUCAAACGCUACAGCACGAUCAUCCUCGACGAGGCGCACGAGCGCACGCUCGCGACGGACAUCCUGAUGGGGUUGCUGAAGGAGGUGGUAAAGCGGCGUCCGGACCUGAAGAUCGUGGUCAUGUCGGCGACGCUGGACGCGACAAAGUUCCAGAAGUAUUUCUAUGAGGCGCCGUUGCUGGCAGUGCCCGGUCGCACGCAUCCCGUCGAGAUCUUCUACACCCCGGAGCCCGAGAACGAUUAUCUGGAGGCGGCGAUUCGGACCGUCGUGCAGAUCCACGCGACCGAGCCGGAGGGCGAUAUCUUGCUAUUCUUGACGGGUGAAGAGGAGAUCGAGGAUGCGUGCCGGAAGAUCACGUUGGAAACCGACGAGCUGGUUCGAGCGGCGGAUGCAGGCCCGCUGAAGGUGUAUCCUCUCUACGGGUCUCUGCCCCCGUAUCAGCAGCAGAAGAUUUUCGAGCCGGCACCGGCCCCGCGGACGAAGGACGGUCGACCGGGGAGAAAGGUCAUCGUCUCCACGAACAUCGCCGAAACGUCCUUGACCAUCGACGGCAUCGUCUACGUGGUCGACCCGGGCUUCAGCAAGCAGAAGGUGUACAAUCCGCGGAUCCGCGUCGAGUCGCUUCUGGUGUCUCCGAUUUCCAAAGCGUCGGCGCAGCAGCGGGCCGGUCGUGCCGGUCGUACGCGACCGGGAAAAUGCUUCCGAUUGUAUACCGAGCCCGCGUUCAAGAAGGAGCUCAUCGAACAGACCUACCCUGAAAUCCUUCGAUCGAACCUGUCGGCCACGGUUUUGGACUUAAAGAAGCUUGGCGUCGAUGACCUCGUGCAUUUCGAUCUUAUGGACCCUCCUGCACCCGAGACGCUUAUGCGAGCCUUAGAAGAGUUGAACUACUUGGCGUGUCUCGACGAUGAUGGCGAACUUACCCAGCUUGGUCGUCUUGCCGCCGAGUUCCCGCUAGAUCCUGCCCUCGCGGUGAUGCUCAUUUCCUCCCCGGAAUUCUAUUGCUCCAACGAGAUGCUCUCCCUGACCGCGCUUCUCUCCGUGCCGCAAAUCUUCGUGCGACCCGCCAACGCCCGCAAGCGCGCCGACGAGAUGAAAGACCUGUUCGCCCACCCGUCCGGCGACCACCUCACGAUGCUGAACGUCUACCACGCGUUCCGCGGCCCGCAAGCGCAGGACAACCCAAAACAAUGGUGCCACGACCACUUCCUUUCGUACCGCGCGCUACAGCAGGCGGACAACAUCCGGCUACAGCUUAAGCGCAUUAUGGAGCGCGAGGAGAUCGAACUGAUGUCGACGCCGUUCGAGGACAAGAAGUACUACGAGAACAUCCAGCGCGCGCUAGUGGCCGGGUUCUUCAUGCAGGUGGCCAAGCGCGACGGCACGGGGAAGACGUACAUCACGGUCAAGGACGACCAGAGCGUGCUGCUGCAUCCGAGCACCGUCCUUGGGCAGGACAGCGACUGGGUAGUAUACAACGAAUACGUGCUGACAUCCAAGAACUACAUCCGAACGGUGACGGCAAUCAAGCCGGAGUGGCUUCUGGACAUUGCGCCGGUUUACUACGACCUGAGCACGUUCAAGAAGGGCGACAUCAAGAACUCGCUGCAGCGGAUCCGGGACAAGUUGAAGCGGCGCGACGCGAUGAGAAGCGGUCGAUGA